ACCAUCUAUAGUUUACUUACAAGUCACGAAUAAAAUGAAUGGAGUCCGUUUAAAGUUAAAAGAUGUGCCACGUUCAGGUGUGGUGAGGCAAAUCUACAGAUUAAAUAAGAUUGCUGGUACUCCAUCUACUGCUUUCAAGUUUAAUGAUUCCAAAUAUUCCAAGAUUGAAUUAUGCCUUAUUCAAAAGAAUGUUUUUGAACCAGCACUUGGUUUAAAAAACUUUUGGAGAGAUAAUUUACCAACUCUUAAAUUUCAUAAUGAAAAUAUUGAUUUCAUCAUGACAAGAAUAAAACCCAAAAAUAAGAAAGAAGUUAAAGCCUGUCCUGUAUUUAUUAAAGUUCAUGGUAAAGAUUCUAUAGAUGAUAUAUUACUUGAUGUUAGAAAUCAUAAUCCAGAAACAAUUCUUCGAAAAUUAGUCGAAUCCACUAAGGCAAAACGAAUGAGUAGUGAAGAAAUUCCAUUCAUAAGGGCACCUGAAUUUGGUAUUGGUGCACCUGAACCAUCAUCUCUUGCAGAAGAGGAAGAAGAUUUAAAAAUUCCAUAUUUAAAAGAUCUUUAAAGUUGAACAUAAUUAAAUAAUUUGAAAAUAACUUCGUUAAAUAACUUGUAC